AUUCAUUACUUGUAAGGAAGAGAAGCCGACAACUUCCUUUAACAGUAAGUGCGACCAUCUAGGCUUGUCACUUUUGAUAUUGGUUUUUGAUAUAAACAUACUGGUGUCGUUGGCACAGUCUACUGUAAUAGCAGUGAUCGAAUAUAAUAUAGAAGAACAAUAGAAUCUAUUAUUAGACUUGGUGUACUUACUAACAGAUCUAAUGGACUCGUCCAAUCGGCAUCACCUAGCUUUGGGUGGUAAAAGACCAACAGGGGCCACGCCAGAUGUUCACCUAUCAGGUGUAAUAACAGUUGUUUUAGAAGUAUUUCUACUCCUGGAAAACCUUCUCCCAUUGGUUGUUGCCUUAUGGUGGAAAAGACCAAUCGAACGUGUUGUCACAGACAAAUUAAUCGCAGCCAUUAGUGUGACAUACAUUUUAUCAGCUCUCAUUCCCACACCUUUAGGACUUGUGUCGUUUUUCAACGGUAGUUGGUAUGGUGGAAAAGCUACAUGUGAGUGUUUCCAGGUCACGACUACGUGGUGCAGCCUAUCAACAAUGGCCUUCGUCACUUAUAUGUGCGUAGAACGUCACAACUUCUUGUGUCCUUGUUUUGGAUGGAGAUCGAGUGUUGAUAGUAAAGACAGUGUGGGCCUUAUGUUGUUUCUUUUAUACACAAUAACGUUAUCUAUAGCCACACUUCCGGUUAUUGGUUUUGGACCGGAAGUGAUGAAAGGGAAUAACAGUUGUGAAUCAUGGAUUGUUUCUAGUCCUGUAUCUGGGAAAAGACAGGUUUAUUUUAUCGCUUUUCUGACAUUUGGCUACAUCAACGUAGUCGUCACUGCCAUAUCUUGCACAUUUAUUGGAAUUGUUGUCAAUAGGCCGAAACUUGCUCAAAAACUCGGAAGUCAAGAUCCACCAAUCAGAAAUACCGAGUUUCAGUUAUUAGACGAUCAAACGAGGAACUUUAAUGGAAGCCACACACGAACAGUUUUGAUAUUGGUUGUAUUAAAUCAGAUCACGUGGAUUCCUGCCUUAACGAUGAUCACCAUUCAAAAAUGUGAUUAUAAAGUCAGCGAAGCCGCUAUGAUGUAUGCCUUACUUGCCACGUCACUUCCGGGACUGCUCAAUCCUCUUUUAUAUGGUUUAUUUCUCGAGAGUUACAGGGAAGGCUAUAAGAAGUUACUGUUACGCUUCGUGUGUUGUUGCCUUAAGAAAACAGCCCUUGGUCAAGAAUUACAGGCCGUAACGCCGAGAAUCAAAGCUUCCACAAGUGCAGCGAAAAGAGUACGGCGUCACCACGAGGAUUCAUUUUCAACAAGUGCUUCUAAUCCUAUUUGUGACAAUGAUUCAUUAAUAUUAGAAAUUCACCAAAAUGAAGACAAUACAACUCCCAAAUUACAAAUUAGGACAAUUGAACAUCAAGGGCCUUUAGCAGACGACGAUGAUGCUUCAUGUGAUACACGAAAUAAAGAUCCCACACAGCCAACGUCAUCUGAUUUAGCAUUAUCAUCAUCGUGCAGUAGUAGUGAAGAAUACUUGUUAGACUCAGACGAUGACGAUUUUGACGAAGAUGAAAGUGUCAUAUAAGUAACCUAACUGUGUUUUAAAAAUAAAUUUACUUUUUUAAUGGUGUGU